CCGGGCUUCUCCAGAGGCUGGACCGCUUCUCUUGUCUCCGGAUUCCGCGGAGUUCUGUUACGAGAAUCAUCUCUGGGGAAAGGAUCAUUGUUGUUCCGCCCUGCGCUCGCAGUCAUACCAUCCUUCACUGAAGUCUUCAAAGGCACACCAUCAGCUCGCCACAAUCAGGUACUUGCUUGGCUUCCACAUAUAAUAUCCCGCUUGUUAGACCAGACCAGACUUCGUCUUUCUCUUUCCCUCUCAGCAUGGCAAUAUCCACCAUGGACAAAGUGAUUCUCAAGAACAUGAGGUUCGACAUCCCCGUCGGCCUGGACGCCUGGCGUCGAUUCCGCAAACCCCAACCCGUCUCAAUCACCAUAGAAGCCCAGCCAACGUCCACCCUCGAGCCGGCUGCUUCCAAGGACGACGUCAACCUCUCCCUGGACUAUGGCAAGCUGUACAAGAAAAUCUUAGCGGCCUUCAAGGACGCCGAUCCCGAGGCCUUCCCCACCAUCUAUUCCCUGAUCGCUCUGCUUUCCAACAUGGUACCGAACUGUGGUCUACUCACUCUCGACAUUUCCCUGCCCAAGGCUUUACUGCAGGCCAGGGGUGGCGUGCUCUACCAAUACCAAGUCGACAAGUCAGAGCUAGAAAUCGACACAUCUAGCCUCAGUGUGACAGUCAAACAGAUUGCCUGCAACUGCAUCAUUGGAGUCAACCCUCAAGAGCGCAUCUACAAGCAGACGGUAUUCGUCGACAUCAGCGUGCCUCUCGUGGACCCUGCUUUGGGAGUCGGUGCUUUGGAAGAACACUACACUGCUGCUCUGCAUGACAUGGUUCAAACAGUGUGUGAACGAGUCGCGGGUUCAGCAUACCACACGAUCGAAUCCCUAGCCACUGCCGUGGCUCAGAUUGUGACACUGAACUAUGGACACACGGUUGCCAAAGUCCGCAUUGAAAAGCCCAGCGCCAUUGCGCCCAUUGAAGCCGCCGCAGUCGAAAUCACCCGCAGCAAAACAUUCUUCGAAAACAAGGACUUCUGGAAGGUCAAGCUCCCGUAAUACCCGGGAACGUCUUCGUCAAUCAGUCGUUAGGUCGAUUAUGCUUACCCGAGGAGGACGAGUUGGUGGCAGAGAUGGGUCUAUCUGAGUAUUCGGGCCUGACUCGCACUCGACUUCUUUCCAGGUACCGGGGAGGCUCGACCGGGGAAUUGCAUGGACGUGGGUGGCCGCAGACGACUUUGGCGACAGCCCGGGCGUCAGCUUGGGCAGAACUUCAACGGGAUGGAUUUCGUCUUCGGCCAAUGCCACUUUGGCUGGCGGUGCUUUAACCCGUACAUAUGGCUUAAAGAAACUUGCGAUCCGCCGUUGAGGUUGGAUGAGGCUCCCAUCCGCUGUCGCACUUUCGGUGAGGAUUCGGCACUUAUUUGCUCUUUUUUUGGGAGUGCGCCGUGUGACAUUACUGAGUGCAUUGUCCGGAUCCAAGGCAUUCUGCCUUUCUUGCUCGCCCGCUGCUGAGUUGGAGUCUCUCCAGACUGGCGAAGAGAUGGCGAGCGUCGUUUCCUUGACCGCAUUGCCGGAUAGGUUCUCUCCUGGUGUCACAGUCGCCAGAAUCUUCGGCUUUGACUGUGUGUUGUGUUUCGAAAUCAAAGGCGGCACCGCAGCUGGGGGCAUAGGUUGAAUCGUGUUUCCAUGAAGUUGGGCUGGCUCAUGCUCAAUCCGCCGUCCCGGUUCCGCUGAGCUUGAAGUUGAGGGCCUCGAAUGGUUGUUGACAUGUGUCUCGUCGCUGAGGAUAAACGGGUCAUCCGCACUAUUGGUACUGGUUGUGACAAGGUCAAAUGAUGCAGUGUCGCUUGCUGACAUCGUGUUCCUCGGAGGUUGACUGUGCUUGGCGGUCUUGAAGAAGUCCAGCAUCGUGGGAGGAGGCCCUUCGUCUAGCUGGCUUGAGCUGAGUUUGGGAGACUUGGGUCGUCGCGGCGCACUGAUGUUGGCCUUUGGACGAGGACGAGGCGAUGUGAUGGGCUUUCUGAUAUCUAGCUCCGACUCGGUGAACUCAUUUGCAGGGACAACGUAGCUCAAAAGAGCCCCCUGCUGCAUACCUCCAGCCACUUUCGGCUUUCUCGCUUCUUUCUGCUUGGGACAUUUCCGUGUCGCAAAUUUUUUGGGAUCAUUCUCCAUCUCGAAUUGAAUCUGUUUCCAUCGUUCGACGUGC